CCAUGGAUGCUAGUGUGGAUAGUAACGUGAAGGCCGUUAGAAGGAGUAAAGAGGAGAAGAAAGUGCUCCGAAAACAAUUAAAAGCCAGUCACACUUUACUGAAACAUGAAGGAAUCAAUACGACAUCCCAGCCUACGAAGAGUUUGGUGGUGGCCAAUGGUGGCCUGGGGAACGGUGUUAGUCGAGAGCAUCUUUCUGCAGCGCUGAAACAGAUGGGAGAGCUGGAGACCCUUGUCAUGCCCCCUCAUAAACCCUAUGCAUUUGUCACAUACAGGUUAGAGGAAAGUGCACAGAAAGCCCACACCCUCCUUAAUGGCCAAAAGAUGAAAUGUGGAGAAGACAGUGUUACACUCUACCUCAGCUUUGUGAACUCAGUGACCUGUGAGGAGGAGACAUCUGUUCCUUUGCCAGAAGGUUUAGUGUUAGUGAAGGACUUUGUGUCUCAGGAGGAAGAAGCUCUGCUGCUCGCUGCCAUUGACUGGUCGUCCUUAUACGAUGAUGCCACUGCUCAGAAAGCCCUGAAACACAGAAAAGUCAAACAUUAUGGUUAUGAAUUUCGGUACGACAACAACAAUGUGGACAAAGACAAGCCAUUACCUGCAGGUCUUCCAGAGGAGUGUCUGCCUUUUCUCGAACGAUGUUUAAGGAAUGGAUAUAUUGAUAUCAUGCCAGACCAACUGACUGUCAACCAGUAUGAGUCUGGGCAAGGCAUUCCCCCUCAUGUGGACACCCAUUCUGCCUUUGAGGACACCAUCCUGUCUCUCAGUCUUGGGUCUCAGACAGUGAUGGAGUUCCGUCAUCCCGAUGGUCAUCUUGUUGCUGUGGUGUUACCAGAGCGAAGCCUCCUGGUGAUGAAAGGAGAGAGCAGAUUUCUCUGGACCCAUGGGAUUACGCCUCGGAAGUUUGACAUGGUGCCAGCCUCUGACCCACAAUGCCCUUCUACAACAUCUGAUCCUAUCGGCCAUAGCAACCUCACUUUGAGCAAGAGGGGCACACGUACUUCCUUUACUUUCCGCAAGAUCAGACAUGAACCCUGCCACUGUGCCUUCCCCUCUGUCUGUGACAGUCAGGGAGCUUCUUCAGCACCUUCACCGUCUCACCCAUCAACACCUUCACUCCCCUGUUGCCAUGCCGAUGCUGCCCGUCUGGAAGAAGAGUACGUGCACCGGGUGUACGACGCCAUCGCCUCCCACUUCAGCAGCACUCGCCACUCACCCUGGCCUCGGGUUUGCCACUUCCUGUCCUCGCUACCACCUGGAAGUGUGUUAGCUGACGUGGGCUGUGGAAAUGGGAAAUACCUGGGUGUUAACCCACAUGUGGUGGCUGUGGGUUGUGAUCGUAGCAGCGCUCUCAUCGACAUCUGUGCAGAGAGGGGUUUCCAGGUGUUUGUGUCUGAUGCCCUCAGUGUCCCUCUGAGAACAGCCUCCUGUGACGCCUGCAUUUCUAUAGCUGUCAUACAUCAUUUUUCCACUCAGGAGCGUCGACUCGCUGCGGUGAGGGAACUGGUUAGACUCCUCAAGCCUGGAGGUCGUGCUCUUAUCUAUGUUUGGGCUUUUGAACAAGAAUACAACAAGCAGAAGUCCAAGUACCUGAAAGAGUCCAACAAAGAGCAUCCUGGAAACUACAGCCUCACAGUCAACACAUCAGAGGACAGGCGGGAGACUCAUGGGAAAUCAUGUCCGCAUGACAGUGAAAGAGGCAAAGAGGAACACACGCCUGAAGAUGACGUCUCUCAUUCCAGUAAAGUGACUGAUGGCAAACUUAGUGUGCACACCAAUCGCACAGCAUUCAACACUCAGGACCUGCUGGUUCCCUGGCAUCUGAAAGAUGGGAAAAAAGGAGGGGGGAGAGAAGAGUUAGGAGAGGGUGGGAAGAAAAACAAAAAGAACGAGAGCUUGAGAAAGCCUUCAGAUAACUGUGGCACAUCCCAAAGAUCGACCAAUGAAACAAGUCCUGUCUCUGGAUCAGGCUGCAACUUGGGUAUUAUCACCAGCGAUGACACCCAGAGCACAGACUUAUCAUUCAAUGGCGACAGUACUCAAACAUCCAGCUCUAGUCUGGAGUCGGAGCCAAAGAGCAGCUCAGUUCCUGUCUUUCACCGCUAUUACCAUGUCUUCCAGCAGGGGGAGCUGGAGCGGCUGUGUGGUCAGCUGGCUGGAGUUAAAGUACAGAGCAGCUAUCAUGACCAGGGAAACUGGUGUGUCAUUCUGGAGAAAGACUGAGAGAAAAAGUGGUUGAGACGAACGAUAAAAAACAAUCACUAAUACAAGUUGGGACACUAUAGAAUGUGAUUUAUGUGAGGCAAAGGAUGCAAGACUUAAUUAUUUUCUCAAAGAAAUUAACACAAAAUAAAUGGAAUGAUUUUACAAA